GAGUUGAAAUUCGGUCAAGCAACUUGCCUUUAGACACGCUCACACCCUUCUCACAAACCACCAUGUCGAACAAAAUGAAGAUGGACAAAGAGACCUCCAAGAAACUCGAGGACUUUCAUAACAAUGCUGCUAAAGUAGCUGACGAGAUCCUCUUCCGCACGUUCCCCGACAAAAUUAUCGAACUUCAAGAACUCAUCGACUCAACAUCCUCACCCUCCUCCAUCUUUCACCCUUCUCACGCUAUCAAGUUCACCGACGCAACAGUCUACCCACCUCCUACCUCUCUCUCCACUGCCGAAGGCCCGGAAACGAAGAAGCGCAAGUUGAACGGCGACUCGCCAAGUUCUGGUAACAAUGGCAGUGCAGCGCCUGGCUCUGGGAUUACUUUGAGAAAUGACGCGAGUAGGGCGUUGUACCCAAACUUGAUCGUGGCGAACCAGCACAUGAAGCAAGUUCACGAGACGGUGAAGAAGGAAUGUGAGCAGUUGGCCGACCUUUGUGAUAAAGUUAAACUCUGGGUGAACCUCUCGAUGCCUAAGAUUGAGGAUGGUGAUAAUUUCGGUGUCCAAAUUCAAGAAGAGGUUCUCAACGAGCUGCACCGCUCCCAAGAGAGCGCAUACAAUCUUCGCGAUGCCUCCCGACAGCAUGUCCUUCAACGUGCCAAGAUUUGCUCCAAGAUCCUCAAGUACCCUCACCUUGAAGAUUACACCAUGUCUUUGAUCGAGCAUGACGAGAAGCAACUCUAUACCGCUCGACAGAACCUGUUUGACUUGAGGAACGUGUAUGCUAUCUUGACAGAUAUCUUGCACAAGAAUAUCAACAAGAUUCGAACACCAAAGGGCAACAACUCGUUCGGCUUAUAUUAAUGGCAUACUCAUCAUCAUUUCAUCCUCUUCCCUCUUUCUCGCAUUGACAUAGACUACCUUCUUCGCUUUCCUAUUCACAAAACGUAAUUCGUUUCGCAUCGUAUUUAUGGCAUCACUAUCUCGCAGCAGCUCUUCUCAAUAGACAAUGGCCCGGAAA